UCUGACCGGGCAGGAACCGCGUCGGCGACCGGUUUGUCUCGCGCCUCGCGCCGCUAUCGCGCCCUCAGGAUAACCUAAAGGAUUCCAGUGACUGUCGUGCUUCGACGCACCGCCGAGAGAAAAGUUGCGGAGAUAGUCCGCGCUUCGUCGCGGGUUGGUUUUGGAUCUUGAGCCUCUCGAAGACGAUUUGGUUCUGAGUGAUUGUAUUGUCGUGAAUACGCACGUUUUGGAUUUAACGGUGAUCGGGAAAAGUGCACGCUCUUCCGCGUUCAUCCGGAGAUUUUCGUGCGGUUGUUUUUUGGUGGUUGUCAACAAGUUUUCCGUGCCGUUUCUGUUUUACAAGAAAACGUAAAUUAUUAAGAAUACUACGCAAAUCUGUAUUUCUUUCUUUUUCUGGCGUAGUAAAAUAUCUCUACUGUAUUUGGUAGAGUGCAGUGUAUUGAUACUAUCAAAGAUUUGCCUUCGAGUUUGUUGAAUCUUGAAUCGCGGUUUUAAAGCUGGUAGUGUGUUUACAAUCGUGCUGCAGUGUAUUUGUGAAGGGAGUCUUUUUUGUGUUCAGGCGGCUCGCGUGGAUCCUUUGUUUUCGGAAAAAGCACGAACAACAUUGGGAAGUUUAUUCUGAUUUUGUUUCAUUGCGCGUGUAUAUCUUAAAAUAGUCAUAACUCAAGACUAAAAGUCGGACAAAUAACUAUAUCCGAGCUAUACUUUUGGUAUAUUCAUUUAAAUUUCAAAAAUACACUUUAAAAAAAUUCAAUACUCUGAUUCUAGUUGGCAGUCGGAUACCACAGCGCUGCGAAGGCCAAGUACACAAAAUGGCAGCAAAUGACAUUCAUUUGAAUUAAUCCCUGAAAAAUCAUGAAUCCUAUAUCGAUAAUUAAUUUUGGGCUGCGGCAUAAGUUCAAAAUUUUAUUUCAUACUUAGUAGUAUCAACGAGGGAAACUUUCUUUUUAGUCAAAUAAAAUUAUACCAUUCAGCUUCUGACUGAAGCGGACCAUACAACAGAACUGUUCACCGCAAAUUUUAAGACUUUCAAGCCUAAGUUCGUGGCAAAACUUAGGAGCCACAUAGUUGAUUAGCGAGCUCACCCCCUCAAAAAGUGAAUGUUCGCUGAAUACUUGGCACCGAUUCCUCUGGUUCAGGAUCCAAAUCAUUCGCCGAUACCUGGAGACAUUUUCCUCGUACCGCAUCCAAUGGUGAAGAUGAACAGAUACUUCGAGGCUUACCCGCGGCACUCGGGGAUGCUGACGCUCCCCCCUCCCCCCUUGGCCCAAGAGCCGGGGGCGACUUGGAACUCCUAUAACUCGGCACCCCUAGCGCGGGCCGUAGAGCGGAUCAAACCCGAACGCAGCCGCCACGACGUGAGCGUCCAGAAACUCCAGUGGAAGCGCUCCCAAUGGGUCGACGGCUUCCCAGAGCUGGUCAGCUCCAUGACCAUCGCCGACGUCAGCCCUCGCUUCGCCGUCAAGCGGAUCCUCCUUCUCUACGAGAACGCGCAGUACCGAGAGGCGGCCAACUUCAUCAACCGCCUCAGCCACGGCACCUUCAAGACCAUCCUCGGCCAGCUGCCCAUCGAUGUCUUCAUCGACGCCAUGCCGCAUUCCGUCUCCAUCCUCGAAGCCCUCUACGCCAAAGUCUUCUUGAGCUCGGAUUGCGGCAUCAAGACCCUCCGGCCGGAGAGUGUCCUGAUGCAAUUGGUGAAGCUCUUCAGCAACACGGCCGGGAGUGUAGAGCGCUGGCUAGGCAGUACCCGGAAGUUACUGAAAGUGAUCGUCCUGUCCGAGCCGAAGUUGAGGAAGGCGCUGCAGGUCAAGCGGCGAGCCCUGGAUAAGGCCGUCGAGGGUCUGGGCCAGCACGGGCUCGUAGGGACCCACGACGAGUCCCUGACGAACCUGCACGACGCGCUGAAGGUGGAGUUCCAGCGGCUCGUGGACACGUACAAGGCUGCGCUGGUGAAGCUCGAGGAGCUGUCCCUGGCCGGCUCCGGGAAGAAGUGUCCAGAGGUCUCGCGGGGUCCGGCCCCGGUGGCGGCCUCGCACCAGCGGCAGCUGUCCCUCCAGCAGGGCGACAUCCAGGAGCGGCUCAUCAAGAACAAGACCCUCCUCAACGUCGUCGAGCCGGCCGUGGAAAACCGCUCGCUCGCCAUCCUUCUCACCAUCCUCCGCCGCAGGGUCGAGUGCGACAAGGAUGCCCUCUUCCAGUUCACGCAGCUUCGCAAGGAGCUCGGCACUGACUCCGAGCAGGUCGUUGCGCCCUUGCUUAUGCGCUACUCCCACGCAUGCGAACAGGUAUUGGAGUUGAUGAAGGAAGUCGCGGAAGAUGAAGAUUCGAGCGACAUUUCCGGUUACCAUUCAGAUUCAGAUAGUGCCAUUAUGAUGUCCGGGAACUCACCCUACGUCAGCAAAAGAGCCAGACAUAAUUUCUUAAUGCGAUCAGUGAGAUCCAGCAGUAACAGAAGUGCCAGAACCAACCUUUUGCUCAGUACAGGAUCAAGUUCAGACAGCCCUCCAGACAGGGAUAGAGAGAGAGGUAAUUCCUGGGAUUGGUCGACUGAGAAGGCAAUGGACACGGUCGGGGUGAGCCUGGCGCUACCCUCUUCAGAGAUGACCUGUUGCCGAAAUUGCGAAUCACGGGCCUCUCAACAGAUAGCGCUGCCGGCCCCUGUCCACGACGACCGCGAGCUGGUCGCUCUUCAGGCUGAGCUGGACAACACCAAGGCUGAACUCGAGAAGGCCAAUAAAAAACUCGAUAAUAUCACCAAACAACAAGCUCAGGCGCAAUCCUCCAAGGAACUAUCCAGAGAGCGUUUAGUUCGCUGCUACGCUAAUUUGUAUUCGCAAGCAAGGGUGGACGCUUUAGAUUCCCUGGACAAGCUACCGCAGCUGAGAGACGCUUCUGAGCUCAAAUCCAAGAUCCUUUUCUCCGUAGUUGUGCUUGCCUUUAGAUCUGCUCAAACCAUGUUAGGACAUAAGAAAGAGAGUGUUAAAAGACUUUUGCUGAAUCCGGCGCCUCCAAGCUCUGCACACACCGAAUUAGAAGCAGCCGUCAGUACCUUCCUUAGAAAAACGGUUGAUACCUUCGACUUAGGCCAUAGUAUAGACGAAGUUAGUUCUCAGUUAUGGGCAACACUUUACGACUAUCCAAGUUUGAAAUGCUGCAAUGGCCUAAUUCAGUAUAUUCGAGAUUCCGUGAGACUUGCUUGGGCAUUAGUUAAUCAGACACCGAGUUACGUGCUAGAAUAUGAACAGAGAGUCUUCAAGAAGGACAUCCACGUGAGGUACCACGCAUCCAAUACAGAAAGUGCUCAAGUGAGAACGUAUCUGUGGCCGGCGCUCCUCGAAGGCCCUGCAGGACCAUGUGUUCACAAAGCUGUUGUCAUCACGUGAUAAUGGAUUUAAUCAUCCCUUGCAAAAAUGUAUCUGGUCACUAUGAUGAGGAGGACUGAUUCAUUGUAGAAUACUUAAUGAAUGUUCGGUGACAAAUAAUUUACGCAGAGAGUGUAAAAAACUACUCACAUCCACUGGACUGAUAUUAUUAUAUGAACAUUAAUAAGAAUACGCUGCAAUAGUUUUUUUUAUUAGAUAGGUGGCUAUUACACUAGCACUUUGACUGUGCAAUUAUAACAUUCGUGGGCUAAAUAGGCAGUCGGCAGUCUGUAGUGGCCCUACCGCUGACUGUACAAUCUCUGCGCAUGCGCAAACUGUUCGACUGUAUACAGUCCUGACUGCUAGUGUGAUAGUAGCUCUAAGUUUACAACUUUUACAAGUGUGCAUUUUUCUACUGUGCCGAAAGAUGGUGCUUUCGUUUACUUUUCGGCACUCGUUUCUGAGUUAUCUUCCUUCGCUUAUCUGCAAAUUCAAUAAGAAUGAUGGAAGUUAAUCGUCUAUUAUUUUUGAACUUAUGAAUUCUAGAGCUCAGCGUAGGUGGUAAAAUGGAUUAGAACCACAUUUCCCCGACAAAGCUGUCAAUUAUUGCAGUAUUUUGAAUGGGGAAAGGAUGUAAUAGUAUUAUGGAGUCGUUGCUCAUAGCGUGAGUUAAGAGGAGAGCGUAAACCAUGAAUUCAGCUAUUUUUGCCUCACCAUGAAAAAUUAUUCAAAAAUGUUAGUAAAAAUAUUUGAUUUGUUCACAUAAUAAAAAUUUUCUGAUCUGUAUCUAUCAUGAAACUAUGUUACUUUUGUAUUUAAUUUAAAAUAACAGGUAGUUACAUUUUGUACAAGCAGACCUUUUUUUUACCAUUUUUUCACGAUAAUUUAUAUUUUGGAAAAACGAUAUUCAUUUCAUUAUCAUUUAGUUGUAAAAAUGUUUUACCUCCGCCUACUUGUUCAAAGCCAACUUAAUGUUUAUUUUUUUUUAAAAAAAUAAAU